UUACAACCGUAUUAGAUGGGGGUGUACUCUAUUACCAAUUUUCCAGUAGUGUUCGUCGAAGCAACUGCUGAUUUUACGGUUUCCGAUUUCGAGAAGGCCCCACGUUAUGUUACGGAGUGGCGGAGGUUUUUGGCGUUGGAGGUGGCGGACGUGUUGCAGGGGGCUCCGCCGUUGGUAGUCCAGCUCACGUGGCUUUCCGAUGGUGCCGCGGCACUCGGUUUCGGGUUUAGUCAUUGUAUCUGCGACGGAAUCGGUAGUGUCGAGUUUCUCAAUCUGUUCGCUCAGUUGGCCACCGGCCGCCGGAAUGGAUCAUCGGCGGAUUUUAAACCAAAACCCGUUUGGCAAAGACACCUUCUCGAUAAAACGCCUUUCACUUUAAGACAACAACCAACCCAAUUAUUACACCCCGAGUUCAACCGAGUUACUGACCACUGCAAGUUUAUGAGUCGGUUCACUCCCGACAAACUCACUCCCACCUCGGUUACGUUUGACGAGUGGAGACUAAACGAGUUGAAGCAUUCCAUAAACCCGACGAGUCAACUCAGAUUGCUAUGCACGACCUUCGAGGUGUUGUCUGCCUAUAUUUGGAAAAGCUGGGCCACAGCAUUGGACUUCCCACCACAGCAAAACCUAAAGUUGCUUUUCAGCGUCGACAUACGCCACCGAGUCAAACCGAGCCUACCCACCGGAUUCUACGGUAACGGCAUCGUACUCGGCUGUGCUCAGACAACAGCAAGAAACUUAACAGAGAAGGGAUUAGCCUACGCCACCGAGUUAAUAAAGGAAGCUAAAAACCGAGUCGACAACAACUAUGUAAAAGAAGUGGUGGAAUCGGUGAGUCUAAACGGAGCAAGUUGUGUCCCCGACCCGGUUGGCGUACUUGUUUUAUCGCAGUGGUCAAGGCUGGGUUUAGAGAUGGUUGACUUUGGAAUGGGGAGGCCGGUUCAUCUGGCGCCGGUUUGUACGGAUAGGUACUGUAUAUUGCUACCUGUAGACGAUCACAGCCGUUCAGUGAAGGUCAUGCUUGCUGUACCCUCCAUAGCCGUUGACAAAUAUCUUGAUCUGCUCUCAGACGUCUGAUAAAAACCCAAACCCCUGACUUUCUUUGAUUUAUAAAAUUUUUUAGUUGUUUAUUGUCUCUUCAUUCUAAAAAUUCUAAUUCAUGUCAACGUGUUUUUUUAUAAUAGCAUUCAUAUAAGAAACGAA